AUAUCAAUUUCGUUAUUGAACAAGGUACAAACGGCAACAGAAAGAAAACAAAACAUGAAUUUUCACAUGAGUUGAAACUAACAAUAGCAGGACCUUCAUUGAUCACAGAUUUCAUUGAAAACAGCUGUUUCAGCUCAACGAGUGAAGAAUCUAAGGAAAACACAUUUCAUUUCUUGUUUUACAUAGCAGAAAGAGAGCAAAUUUGGCGCAAAAGGAAGGCCUCUCAAUAGCUCUUUUGUUUGGUAAAGGCAAUGGAUGCGAAGCCUAAGAGGAGAACUGCUGUAGAGAAUGGGGAUGGAGGAGAGGACUUGGUGCUUGCAACUUUGAUUGGCAAUGGAGAGGAUUUGGGUCCAAUUGUCAGGCAUGCAUUUGAAAUGGGGCGGCCUGAAUCGCUGUUUCAUCAGCUCAAGUCUGUUGUGAGGAAGAAGGAAGUUGAAAUCGAGGAGCUGUGCAAGAGCCAUUACGAGGAAUUCAUUCUUGCGGUUGAUGAACUUCGUGGUGUAUUGGUUGAUGCUGAAGAGUUAAAAAGUGAGCUUGCGAGUGAGAAUUUUCGAUUGCAAGAAGUUGGGAGUGCUCUUUUGGUCAAACUUGAGGAGCUUCUUGAAUCUUAUUGGAUUAAGAAGAAUGUGACUGAAGCUAUCAAAACAUCGAAGAUAUGCAUACAAGUUUUGGAACUCUGUGUGAAGUCUAACAACCACAUGUUGGAAAGCCAAUUUUACCCAGCGUUGAAAACAGUGGAUCUGAUCGAGAGGACUUACUUGCAGAACAUCCCAGUGAAGGCACUUAAAACGGCCAUAGGGAAGACAAUUCCAGUAAUAAAAUCGCAUAUUGAGAAGAAAGUUACCAGUCAAUUUAAUGAAUGGCUAGUUCAAGUGAGGAGUUCUGCUAAGGAUAUUGGACAGAGAGCAAUAGGCCAUACUUUGUCAGCUCGUCAAAGAGAUGAGGAAAUGCUGGAACAUCAGAGAAAAGCCGAAGAACAAAACAUUUCAGGGUUAGGAGAUUUUGUAUAUACUCUGGAUGUUGAGGAAAAUGAUGAAGAUUCAGUUGUGAAGUUUGAUCUCACUCCUCUUUUCCGGGUGUAUCAUAUUCAUGAUUGCCUUGGAAUCCAAGAGCAGUUUCGUGAAUACUACUAUAAGAAUCGGUUAUUGCAACUCAAUUCAGACUUGCAAAUCUCUACUACUCAACCAUUUGUUGAAUCUUAUCAAACAUAUUUGGCCCAAAUUGCUGGUUACUUCAUAGUGGAGGAUCGGGUCUUAAGAACUGCUGGGGAUCUUUUGUCAGCAAAUCAUGUUGAGACAAUGUGGGAAGUGGCUGUGGCUAAAAUGACAUCUGUUCUGGAGGAACAGUUUUCCCAUAUGGAUUCUGCAACUCAUCUUCUGCUGGUGAAGGAUUAUGUAACUCUUCUUGGGGAAACUUUUAGACAAUAUGGGUAUGAAGUUGGCCAAAUUCUCGAGGUAGUCGAUCGUAGCCGAGAUAAGUAUCAUGAGCUUCUUUUGGGAGAAUGUCAUGAGCAAAUUGUCAAUACUCUUGGAAGUGACACCUAUGAGCAGAUGGUAAUGAGAAAGGAUGCUGAUUAUGAGAAUAAUGUCCUCUCCUUUCAUCUUCAAACCUCAGAUAUAAUGCCGGCUUUCCCAUAUUAUGCACCAUUCUCCUCCAUGGUACCUGAUACUUGCCGCAUUGUUAGAUCUUUCAUCAAAGGUUCUGUUGAUUACUUAUCUUAUGGGGUGCAUACUAAUUUUUAUGACAUUGUGAGAAAAUACUUGGACAAGCUCUUGAUUGAUGUGCUAAAUGAAGUGAUGCUUAGCACGAUCCAUGGGGGUGCAGUUGGUGUGUCUCAAGCCAUGCAGAUUGCUGCAAACAUAUCUGUUCUUGAGAGAGCUUGUGAUUUUUUUCUUCGACAUGCAGCCCAACUAUGCGGAAUCCCGAUCCGAUCAGUUGAGAGGCCUCAAGCUAGUUUGACAGCCAAGGUGGUCCUGAAAACUUCAAGGGAUGCAGCUUAUCUUGCUCUGCUGAAUUUGGUGAACACCAAGUUAGAUGAAUUCAUGAAUAUUACAGAAAAUAUCAAUUGGACAUCAGAGGAAACGCCACAAAAUGGGAAUGACUACAUAAAUGAGGCGGUUAUUUACCUGGAUACUAUUUUGUCAACUGCACAACAAAUUCUUCCAUUGGAUGCUCUACACAAAGUUGGGAGUGGUGCCCUCGAGCACAUUUCCAAUUCCAUUGUCAGAGCAUUUCUUAGUGAUAGCGUAAGGAGGUUCAAUGCUAAUGCAGUCCUAUCUCUCAACAAUGAUUUGAAGAUUAUAGAGGAUUUUGCUGAUGAGAGGUUUCAUAGCACCGGCCUGAGUGAAAUAUACAAGGAAGGUAGUUUUAGAGGCUGCUUGUUAGAAGCACGACAGUUGAUUAACCUUUUGUCAAGCAGCCAGCCAGAGAACUUCAUGAAUCCUGUGAUAAGGCAGAAAAACUAUGAUGCUCUGGAUUAUAAAAACGUGGCCAGCAUCUGUGAUAAAUUCAAGGAUUCCCAUGAUGGAAUCUUUGGUAGCCUCUCAACCAGAAAUACUAAGCAAAGUGCACGGAAGAAAUCAAUGGACAUGCUGAAGAAAAGAUUGAAGGACUUCAAUUAAGAAGGCUAUAGAUUCCGCCUGCAUUAGAAGUAGUGUCCCUUUGUUAAUUUGUAGCUUAUCUCCUUCCAAUUAUACAUUCUCUCGCUUUUUUCUCCGUUGUCAUGAGUUGGAACGAAAUAGGUUUUUUAAUUCUGUGCUGAUUAAAUUCUAACAAUAAAGCUUCUAUAUUUUCCUUUGAA